CUUCAUCCAUGUGUUUAUCGCUAACCCAUGUGCAUGUCCCUCUUUAGCACAUCACGCAUGCUUGCCGUGAGGGAGGCGAGAUGGCUUCAUCCGACAGUUAUCUGACCGUGUUUCUUAAAGAAGUUGAAGAAGGAGGGGACGUCGACCUGCUCGGUGAUUUUGCGGGUCGCCUUGGUACCUGAUGUGUGAGGCAUGCGAAGAUGGACACACACAUGCAUGUAUGUGUUGGUGCCUGUGUGUCAUGUCUGGCGUCUUGUUGUUACCUUUGUUCUUUUGUUUGCGCGUGACGGUCUUCUUGGUGACGUCUUUGCCGGGCUUCUACACCAACUCAGUGCUGACCACGAUAUACACAACACAUAUACAGUCAGUACGCACAUGCUCCCUCAGACAGCCCCCCCUUCCUGAGGGCCUGCCAGUCGGUUGACGAGAGGACUUCGUCUUUGCCGUCGUCAGGCUGCUCGAGGAUGUAGCUCUUGACGAUCGUCGACGGCUCAAAGUAGGGGUUCUCGCUGAACUUGAAAAUCAAACGGAAACUCUGCACACACACACACACACAUAUAUAUAUACACAACUUAAGGCAGAGUGGUGUGCUGGCGCUCAUUCCCACGUACGCUUUGUUUCUUGUCGUCGAACCACUCUGACUGAAUGUCCUCAAGAUACGCCUAUAUACACGACGCACGACACAGUGGGGGUUUGGUUUGCGUGGGUGUAUCCCUCUCUCCCCCCUCCCGACCUCGACUUACCAGUACAGGCUCAUCGUGUCUUUCGAUCAUGCCAGCCCGUUUGUGUGGUUCUUCAGAGCCGUCAACCAAGACUUGGGCAGACCCUGCACACACACACACGGCAGCACACACAUAGCACACCGUCUGUUCCCAACUCGUAUAUGUGUGUGCAUGCGUCUGUCUGUCUGUCUGUUACCGCGGUGCCGAUGUGCACAUCGAUCUCCUCCUUGUCUUGUGUCUUGUCGCUAUCGGGUGCCUGCGAGUCGUCCUGACUCGCCUGAGUCGUACCGUCGCUGGGCACUGUGCUCUCGUCCUUCUUAGUCAGCACCGAGUAGUGCUGCAACGCACGCACGCACCGACAUUCACACAAAGACAUUCACACGUAAGUCACGUGCGAAUGUCCGAGUGUAAAUGUUGGAUAUGCCUACCUUCCUGUAGAUGGGGUCCUUGAGCUUCUGGUACUUGGUCUUGAGCUCGUUCCACUCCUCGCGGUACUGCUUCUCGAUCUCGUCGUGCUGCUUCUGCACUCUCUUGUGUGUGCUGACGUGCAGAUCCCGGGGGCCGGUGAGAGUCUGUGACAAACAGAACCACACACAGAGAGAGACGAAGGCGUCUAUCUUCCUGGCGGCCUGGUGACCCGCCACACCACAUCCAUCCUGAGGCGUACCGAGUGCGAGAUUGAACAUGCCAUUCGUCACCUCCUGCACCUGCUGAUCAGUCUACACACACACAGACAGACCAGACACCACCGGGACGCGACAUGUCAGUGCACCGAAGCAAGCCUUUUCAGCUCAUGUGUCCUGUACAGUACCAUAUUGAGGGAUCUGAGGCGAAGAUCUGCAGAUGCUCUCGCCCCUUUUGCACACCUUUGAGCUCGCAAUGAUUUUGAAAUUCCGCUGUUUUCGAGGCAUCCAUCUCUCACACGGCGUGAU